AUUGUGUUAUCACAUCACACAGUUAUCUUUAAUCUUCUUCUUAGUAAAGAUAUGGCAGCCAUGAAAGUCCAUGGAGGUGUGUUAUCCACAGCCACCAUGAGAGUUCUUACUUGUCUCCAUGAGAAGGAGCUUGAGUUCCAAUUUGUUAAUGUUGAUAUGUCAACUGGAGAACACAAAAGGGAGCCUUUCCUUUCUCUUAAUCCAUUUGGUCAAGUUCCAGUCUUUGAGCAUGGAGAUUUGAAGCUCUUUGAUAAAUUAUCCGAUCUAUAUCUAACGAUAUAUGAUCGGAGAGUAUUCGUGUGCACAGAAUCAAGAGCGAUCACAAAAUACAUCGCUCAUGAGUACGCCGACAAGGGAACCCAGUUGACAUGCCAAGGCAAGGCGCUGCCGAUGUUGCUGCAGUGGAUGGUGGUGGAGGAACAGCAGUUCGAACCGGCCGCUUCGAAGCUUGUUUGGGAGCUAGUCCUGAAGCCCUUUUUAGGCAUCCCUGUGGAGGAAGCAGUGGUGGAGGAAAACAAGGACAAGCUAGCCAAGGUUCUGGAUGUCUACGAGUCCAGAUUGGUUCAAUCCAAGUACUUGGCCUGUGACUGCUUCACCUUGGCUGAUAUGCAUCACCUCCCCUGUAUUGACUACUUGAUGGGUUCAGAAGCUAAGGCCUUGUUUGAUUCAAGGCCUCAUGUUAGUGCAUGGGUUGAGGAUAUUAGGGCCAGGCCUGCUUGGGCUAAGGCCCUUGCAAUACGAAACAAGUAAUGUGGAGGGUUCGUGGGCUGUGGGCCUUGGGCCUUGGGCCUUGGGCCUUUCUGCUUGUCUUGCUGUAUUUUACUUUGUUUUGUGUGUUGGCUUUUGUCUUUCAAUCAUGGGUUGAAGGUUUGAAAUUUGGGGUUUCGUUUAAGUGAUGAGCAAUAAAGUGGGCCAGUUAAAAAUA